AUGGGAAGCUUCAAGGGCCACGCUCUUCCUGGGAGCUUCUUCCUGAUCGGCGGGCUGUGGUGGACCGGGAAGUACUCCUUCUGGUACGCCACCCGCCGUAACAAGUGCCUUGGCUCCACCCGCCUGGCCAGCAGAGUGUCCCAGCGCCGCCUGGAGGUCAUGGAGAGCUCCCUCAUGCUCCUCUUCUCUGUGGUCGGGAUGUUGGCGGAGCAGUUUGCGGCGGGUGGCCCGCACCUCCGACUGUACGACACGUCGGAAAACCAGUGGAAGGACCUGAUGAACUGGCAGCACGCCACCAUGUACCUGUUCUUCUCGCUGGCCGGCGCCGUCUCGCUGGUCGUUCACGUCACGGAAGCCGCGCCCCUCGCCCUGGACCGGCUGGCGUUGGCUCUCGCCUUCUUCAUCGAAGGCUUCCUGUUCCUGUACCACCUGCAUGGCAGGGACAUGCUGGACGUCCACGUACACCAGAUGCUGCUGUACAGCGUGUUCGGCCAGGCACUGGUGGUCUUCCUGGAGGUCUUCCACCGGGGGAACAUCACCCUGGAGCUGCUCAGGUCGGCUCUCUGUCUCCUCCAGGGGUCCUGGUUCUGGCAGAUUGGCUACGUGCUGUACCCACCCGGGGGUGCGCAGUGGGUCCUGACAGACCAUAAUAACAUGAUGUUCGUAACAAUGUGCUUCUGCUGGCACCUGGCGGCCAGCAUGCUCACUGUGAGCGCGAUCUACUGCGCCAUCACCUGUGUGGUGCGCUCCAGGUUGAAGAGGACUCCUCCGGUGGAGAUGGGACUCCUCAAGCACAGAGACAGAGAGCUGGAGUCGGACGACGAGGCCAUGUGAAGCCCCUUACCUCCAGGGAUCCUCCACUCGACAUCACUGCCAUAGGCACCAAAGCCCCAGCACAGGACGUAGAGAUGAUAAAGAACAGGGAAGAAAUGUUGGCACUCUGCAUCGCUUUCCUGAAAUAUAUCUCGACCUCUGCCUUAUAUUCAAUAAUACUUAUUUAACUGUUGCCUCGCGCCAAUUGUAUAUCAUAUAUUUCCUUGUAUGAUUGAUCAUUGUUUGGUUUUUAAGAGUAUACUCGUGGCCUUCGUUUGUGAAUCUGCUCGUUUUCCACUGUCCACCGCAUGCCUGUUGAGCGUGUUAUGGCCCAAAGUAUUUUACAUUGUUUACUUCCUUUAUAUAUUAACACUACAUUUAUUUAUAUCCACACAUUUGACAUGAACUUGAAACCAGUGUUAUGAAUAAUGUCGAAAUGAGUAGGCCUAUUUCCAUUCUGUUCUUGUUUUCGACCUUGCAUAGAUGUUUGAUAAACAAAUGGAAGCCAAGGAGCAGCUCUGCAGAUCCAUUUGUGUGUUAAUUUGAUUGUGAUACGGUCAAGAGUGCCUAAUCCUGUUGCUAUUGUAAUUUUGCGUCACAAUACAUUUUUUUCAAAUAAAGUUUUUUAAUCAUCUCCUUAA